UUUUUUUUUUCUAUAGUGGUGAUCAGCUACUUAUAGCGGGACUGCGACGGGCAUUCUGUCACUGGGGGGGAGAACUGACUUGGGGUCACUGACAUCCCCAGUGACACCAAUACAGUGAUCAGUGCUAAUAAAAAGCACUGACUCUGUAAAAAAGGCACUGGGCAGGAAGGGGUUAACAUGUGGUGUGAUCAAAGAGUUAACUGUGUGCUUCACUGUAAGCACACUGCUUUGGAUGGCUGUGCUAUGCAGAGCCAUGCAAAGCAGUGUGCAGGAGCUGACGGGAGAGAUCUGUAUUGUUUACAAACAGACCUCUCC